AGCCUUUUUGGCUCGAGCGGUUUGGCCUCAGGCGGCUGCGGCUCGAGAGCAGGCUUCCGCGGCCGCGCCGUCACGCCCGCGAGGCCUUGUCGCCGCGCUCGGCGGCGGGCGGGCCCGAUGCCGCAGCGCCCGCGCCCCGCCCUGCCGCGCAGGGCCUGGACCUCUUGUCCGCUCCUGCUCCUGGCGGCCGCGCGCGCGGCUGGCCGCUCGCCGCUGGGCGCCGCGUGGGCCGCCGCGGCGCCGUGGCCCCGCAGCUGGCCCGCGAGCGCCGCGCCCGCGUGCGGGGGCGGCCCGCCGCCCUCGGCGCGCCGAGGCGCCGCCGCGGGGCCCUCCGCGGCGCCGCGAGGGCCGCGGAGCCCGCGGCGCGCCGGCGGCCUCGGCGGCAGCGGCGGGGCGGAGCUCGUGGAGGCGGCGGGCGGGCCGCCGCUGUCGAGCGCGGGCCUGCGGGAGCGGCGGGGGCUGCGGCUGCCGCUGCCCGAGCGCGUGGCGCUGCGGCGGCGGCGGUGCGGCGGGGCGCCUGCGGCGCCGGAGGUGGUCGUGGAGGCCAGCUUCCAAGCCUGGGGGAGGGCGGCGCGUCCGUGCGGGUCCGCGUGGGCGCGGGCGGCGUCGUGGAGCUGCUGGAGGCGGAGCGCGGAGGCGGCGGCGGCGGGGCGGCCGCCAGCGGCGGGCAGGAUCCGAUGGCCUUCUGUCCAGAGUCCGGCGGCAGUGCCGCGUACGAGCGGGGCCCCAGCGGCGUCAAAAAGCACGGCGCGGUGCCCGGGCGCCGUCCUCGCCACAGGAGGAGCCCGCCCCUCCGGCCUGGCGGGUGUCGAGGUCGAGCCUGCCGUCGCUGCCCCAGGGCUCGCUCGUCGCCCUCCACGACACGACGCCGCGCGGCGAGGCGCCCGCGGGCGCCCGGGGCGCCGAGGGCCUGAGGAGCCUGCGCCUGCGGUCCUCCGACGCCGACCCGGGGCCGUCGCGUACAACGGCGUCGGGGGCGUGAGCCUCGAGGGCUACCCGCGGGACUACGACGGCGUGAACGUGUCCUUCACGGUCUGGUCCUGCGCAGGCGCCACCGGGAGCUGCAGCGUGCUGGAGGACGCAGAGGAUCCAGGCGCGCUGGUGUGCGAAUUCGGGCCACAAGUGAUUCUCCUCGCUUGGCGCUCUGUGCAUGUCCCGAAAUGA